AACUCUUAGGGCUUCAUGACAAAUGAGCAUUUAAAUAAGUGUUUCCUCAUCAGUGCUCCAUGUUUAGUGUCACUGAUUCUCCAUCUUCCUGGCAGAUUUGGGCACGUGAGCGUGGCACACCUGCUUCUGGAUCAUGGGGCUGAUGUCAAUGCCCAGAACCGGCUGGGGGCCCGUGUGCUCACUGUGGCCUCUCGGGGUGGCCACCUGGGCGUGGUGAAGCUGCUCCUGGAAGCUGGUGCCUUCGUGGACCCUCACAACCCCUCAGGCGAGCAGCCGGCGGCAGGGGACAGCAGGAACGAGCUGCUGGACAUCACAGCCCUGAUGGCUGCCAUCCAGCACGGACAUGAGGCCGUGGUGCGUCUGCUGUUGGAGUGGGGCGCGGACCCCAACCACGCGGCACGGACUGUGGGCUGGAGUCCGCUGAUGCUGGCAGCACUCAUUGGAAGGCUGGGUGUGGCCCAGCAGCUGGUGGAGAAGGGGGCCAACCCCGACCACCUCAGUGUGCUGGAGAAGACUGCCUUCGAGGUCGCGCUGGACCGCAAGCACACGGACCUUGCAGAUUACCUGGACCCACUGACCACCGUCAGGCCCAAAACAGAUGAGGAGAAAAGGCGACCUGAUAUUUUCCAUGCAUUGAAAAUGGGAAACUUCCAGUUGGUCAAAGAGAUUGCUGACGAAGACCCCAACCACGUGAACCUGGUCAAUGGGGACGGGGCAACCCCCCUGAUGCUGGCAGCCGUCAUGGGGCAGCUGCCGCUGGUGCAGCUGCUGGUGGAGAGGCAUGCCGAAGUUGACAAGCAGGACAGCGUGCAUGGCUGGACGGCCCUCAUGCAGGCCACCUACCACGGGAAUAAGGAAAUUGUCAAAUAUCUGCUAAACCAAGGAGCUGAUGUCACUCUUCGAGCAAAAAACGGGUACACGGCCUUUGACCUAGUGAUGCUGCUGAGUGAUCCUGACACGGAACUUGUUCGACUGCUGGCAUCUGUCUGCAUGCAGGUGAAUAAAGACAAAGGCCGGCCCAGCCACCCGCCACCCCUGCCCUACUCGAAGGUCCGACAGCCCUGGAGCGUCCCAGUGCUGCCCGAUGACAAAGGCGGGCUUAAGUCCUGGUGGAGCCGAAUGUCCAAUCGGUUCCGGAAGCUCAAACUGAUGCAGACUCUGCCCCGUGGGCUGUCCAACAACCAGCCGUUGCCCUUCUGUGAUGAGCCAGAGCCAGCACUGGACUCUACAAUGCGGGCACCCCCCCAGGACAAGACAAGCUGCUCUGGGCUCCCCAAUGUGGCCCCCACAAUGAAAGACAAUGGUCCCGGGAGCACGAGAGGAGAAAAGGAAGAUGUGUUAUUGACAACCAUGCUUCGAAAUGGAGCCCCCUUCACCAGACUCCCGAGUGACAAGCUGAAGGCAGUCAUCCCCCCUUUCUUACCCCCUUCCAGCUUUGAGCUGUGGAGCUCGGACCGGUCCAGGACAUGUCACAACGGGAAGGCAGACCCCAUGAAGACUGUGCUGCCCCAGAGAGCCAGCAGGGGCCACUCCAUGGGCAACGGGAGCACAGACACUACUCCUGUCAGGCCGGUUAAAUUUCCAUCUCUCUCCAGAAGCCCAGCCUCUCCUGCCAAUUCUGGAAACUUCAACCACUCGCCUCAUUCCUCAGGUGGCUCCAGUGGGGUAGGGGGCAUGAGUAGGCACGGCGGGGAGCUGCAUAACCGCUCAGGUGGCAGCAUAGACAGUGUCCUGUCCCAGAUCGCUGCCCAGAGGAAAAAAGCAGCCGGACUAUCUGAGCAGAAGCCCAGCCAUCGGUCAAGUCCCAUUGGGCCAGCACCUGGGUCCAGCCCUUCUGAACAACUGGGCUCCCCUACAGGUGGUGGCAGUCCCGGUGGCAAGAAACUGGAGAUGAGCAAAAGGCCUCCAUCUGGAACUUCCACUACCUCCAAAAGUACCUCCCCCACCCUCACACCCUCCCCUUCGCCCAAAGGCCAUGCGGCCGAGUCCUCGGUGUCCUCCUCUUCAUCCCACCGCCAGUCCAAGAGCAGUGGGGGCUCCAGCAGCGGCACCAUCACCGAUGAGGAUGAACUGACUGGAAUCCUGAAGAAAUUGUCACUGGAGAAAUACCAGCCCAUUUUUGAGGAGCAGGAGGUGGAUAUGGAAGCGUUCCUCACCCUCACUGACGGCGACUUGAAGGAGCUGGGUAUUAAGACAGAUGGAUCCAGGCAGCAGAUUCUGGCAGCAAUUUCUGAACUGAAUGCAGGCAAGGGACGUGAGAGACAGAUUUUACAGGAAACCAUUCACAACUUCCAUUCUUCCUUUGAGAGCAGUGCCAGCAACACCAGGGCGCCUGGAAACAAUCCCUGUACAUGAUCCUUCUUCCUGUGGACACCAGCGUGAGCUCUCUGAGUCUCAAUACUGCCUCCACGCAGCCAGUGCACCAGCCACCCUCAACUCUUCCCCGUUCCCUGAUGAAACACUCCGUGCCUCGUCACACCACUGUGCCUUAGUCAUGUUGUUCCCUCUGCCUGGAACACCCCGCUUCCCCUUCCUUGCUGCGGUAGUUGAUGAAGCUUGUUGCUGUCACAAACUCCAACCCAUCAGAGACUUAGUCUCACUUAAAGUCUAGUAUGGCUGCUUCAGGUUG